AUAGCAUCCAUAAUCAAUCGAUCUAUCAUCUACAAUACUGCACAAUGUCUCAACCCCUCCUCAGCCGCUACCGCCAACUCUCCCCGACGGCCUCCGUCCGGGUCUCCCCACUAUGCCUCGGGGCUAUGACCUUCGGCACUGCCAACAGCGAGCGCUACGGCGAAUGCAGCAAAGAAUCCGCUUUGGAAAUCCUAGACUACUUCUACAGCCAAGGCGGCAACUUCAUCGACACCGCCAACACUUACCGCGAAGAACAGUCGGAGAUCUGGCUGGGCGAAUGGCUCGCGUCGAGAAAGAACCGCGAUGAGAUGGUUAUUGCGACAAAGUAUACAACGGGGUACCAGAACCAUCAUAAGGGGAAGAUUCAGGCGAAUUAUGGUGGGAAUGGGACGAAGUCGAUGCGUGUUUCGGUGGAGGAUUCGCUGCGCAAGUUAAAGACGAAUUAUAUUGAUUUGUUUUAUGUGCAUUGGUGGGAUUAUACAGUUUCGAUUCCUGAGGUGAUGCAUAGCCUCAAUGAUCUUGUGACGUCGGGCAAGGUGCUAUAUUUAGGUAUUUCGGAUGCUCCGGCGUGGGUGGUUUCGAAAGCCAACCAGUACGCUCGCGACCACGGUUUGCGCCAGUUCGUCGUGUACCAAGGAAUGUGGAACGCUGCCAUGCGUGACUUUGAACGGGACAUCAUUCCCAUGUGCCGUGAUGAGGGAAUGGGUCUCUGCCCGUACGGUGUCCUGAACCAGGGUCAUUUCCAGACUGAGGAAGGAUUCAAGGAGCGCGAGAAGAAGAACGAUGGACGAAACUUUAUCCCUCUCUCCGAGCAUGAUCGGAAUGUUUCUCGUAUCUUGGAGGACGUGUCCAAGGCUAAGGGAGUCGAACUGCUUCAAGUUGCCCUGGCAUACGUUUUUCAGAAAACACCGUAUGUCUUCCCCAUCGUCGGUGCUCGGAAGGUCGACCAUAUCCGUGGUGUUGCGCCGGCAGCUGGAAUCUCGUUGUCAGAGGAAGAGGUGCAGAAGAUCGAGUCCGCUUACUCGUUCGAUCCCGGCUUCCCGCAUACUUUCCUCAGUGGUACAUUGUUCAGCGAUGGGCCUCCUAAGGGUGCUUAUGGCCCGGGCGAUGUGUGGUUGACCAAAGCUCUCGGAACAUUUGACUGGGUCGAGCCUUCGAAGCCGAUUACAUCGCAGAAAUAAACAUAAAAUAGUUUGUAUUGUAGAUAGCUAUUGAAGGAGAGGAGAGUCUUGUUUGAGCAAUAUACUAUCCGUCACGAAUGAAACCCAUAAUCCAGCAAUAGCAAUCACG